CUCUAAUACAAUGCGAGCGGCUAUAUUGUUUCUCAUUGUGAUCGUCUCUGUGCAGGCACGAAUUCUACACGAAGGCUAUGGGGAAUCGAUAGAGCAGUAUCGUCGACGAGAACGGUAUGAGAAUUGCUUGAAGUUUUGCGUGAACAAGUCAAAAAGAGUAAAGUUCAAUGAGAUUCUCUGCAGUGAAUGUUCUCAACUCAGAGAUUCAGAUGACUUCUAUUAUUAGUUUAUCUUAUAGAUUUCCUAGAACUAAAAGAAAGAUAAACACUGUUUGAAGUUUGAAGAAAAAUAUAUGUAAC